AUGACACUGCUAAAGGCGUGCCAGGAAGCACACAGGGAACUUGAGAGGUUUCUGACCUCGACACCAGAGGACAUGUUUACCGAGAACCUCACGGAUUCCCCAGAAUACACAUACACCAAUACGCUUCUAGCGAAAACACGUGCCCAAACGAGGGACACGCUCAAUAUCUUCAAGGAAGCACUCAAAAUAUACAAGCUGAGUGAAAUAUCGGUCUCCUAUAACGGGGGAAAGGACUGUUUGGUGAUGUUGGUUAUCCUAUUGGCAGCUAUUUACGAUAGCUUCAAAAACGGUGAGCUUGAUGACCCACAAACCAAAUUGAACGCUGUGUACAUCAACACAGAGGAGGUGUUUGAGGAGCAGAACAAAUUUCUGUAUUCUUCUGUGGACCACUACAAACUUUCGUUUGUCCAGAUCAAAAAAGGUAUGUCCGAGGGAUUCCGGGAUUACCUUGACAUGAAGCCUGAAGUCAAGGCAAUUGUGGUGGGCAUACGAAGAAUAGACCCCUUUGGCGGCGAUCUAUCUCCUCUACAAAAGACGGACCAUGGAUGGCCCGACUUCAUGAGGAUAAACCCGGUACUAGAAUGGACUUACACUGAGAUCUGGUGUUUCUUGAAAAUUUGCAAAAUUCCUUAUUGCAAAUUAUAUGACGAGGGCUACACUUCUAUUGGAGGCAUUGACAAUACUAUUAAGAAUCCUCUGCUAAGAGUGGAAAGCUCUGAAGACCGGUUCUUACCCGCAUACAGACUUCAUGAAGAUGAUAAGGAAAGGCUCAGUCGCGUUGAAAAAAGCAGUAGAGAAAAGCUCUAG